AUGGCAGGGCCAAUCCAGUUGGGAGAUGUCAUCAACUUCAGCAAGCUCGCGUGGGACGUGUACAAGUUCGGUUGGGAUAAUGACUUCAACGCCAAGCUCUAUUUGAGAACAUCUUAUGUAUCUGGUAUUUCUCUGGAGAUUGUUGGCGCCCUUCGAACACAAGCCAUAGCUCAACUCAAAAGACCCUAUAAAUACAGAACCCGACAAUACGCAGAGUUCGGUCGCGAUGUUAGGGGAUUGGCCGAGAACCUCGACAUCCUCGGCCGCGUGGUAGACAAAGCCGGCCAGUCAUUUCACCAGGAAACAGCGUUCAAGCUUGAGCCAUUGCGUUGGGAUCGGUCGUCACUCAACGAGAUCCUAGGCGACUAUCACGAGACAUUGACAGAAUGCUGCACUUUGGUAGAGAACAACCAUCGCUACCGCCUCAGCAGCGGCCCACUGAGAAAUAUCGAAUGGAAUGUUCUCGUGGCGCCGGCGGCAGAUCGUCUGCGAGCGCGCAUAGCCUUACAUAAUUCCAAGGUUCUUCAUGUGCUGAAGCCUUUUGAAAUUGACCUUCUUUGUCGGAUUCAUGAAGACCUCGCCGGUCGUAUGAAUGCUAUGCACCUUGACUUACGUCGCUUCAUGGGAAUUCUCGUGCCUGAUAUGGAACAGGCCCUCGCUCAACAGGUUCACCGAGAAUCUCUUCACUUUGAUGUGCCUCCAGAUAUCGAGGAUGGAUUUCUGCGAGCGUGGGCGGCUGACAGACCGGAUGACGCUUUUGAACCAAGUCUCCAGGAGAUUGCAGAUGCUUUCGUUAUUCAUUACCACAAGUCCACCAUCGGGUUUACUGCCGGUAUCCUGGUGGAGAAUAAGGUUCCCGAGUUGGGGCAAUAUAUCAGCCUUUUGAAGUGUGUCUGGCUGAUGAGACGGAUUCGUCGUUCGAACGAACUCACUCAGCAGGGCCGGACCUUAUCCCAUUGGCCCUCCUACAUCCAGGAGCUGGAAGACGGUCUUGCAUCGCAAUGCGAUCGAUUUAAGCAAGAGCUCAUGGCACCAAGUCUAGCAGGUUUAAUACCUGAGAUGUUUGACAUAUGGCCUGAAAAAGAGCUUGCUCAGCUUGUGGACGUGGUGACGAGGGAUGCUCUCAUGGAAGAGGGCGCCACUUCCAACGUUGAGAGGAAGCUUCAGCUGCUUCGCCGAAUGGGCGCUGAUGGCAAACGCUUCAGGAUAAACAUUUCGGGCGUUGAAUUAGGGGGAUCGAGCAGGACUGCACGUCGUCAAGCCGAGACCAUCGAUUUCGACAUCACGACCGUCAUACUAAAUCCUCUUUAUGCAGUGCCAUCUAACUCUUUCGGCGCAUGGGACAUGAUCUUGCGCAAGGAUGAACGGAUUGCCAAGCUGGCUUUCACGCAGUUGAAAGAUGCUGCCAAGUUCCAACAAGCUGUGACUGGUUUUAAGGCGUUUGAUAGUUAUAGCCAGUACAAGGCUAUGGUUAGCUUUGUUGUGUCUGGAAGAGGAGAUCCGAUUGUCGAGGGAGCAUGUGUACAGUUGUGGGUUCCAAAGCAACUCGAUGGACAGCUCGUUACGAAUAACGAGGCAACGCUCGAGCAGAGCACGUCACCAUCCCAGUCAGGGGUGUUUUCUCCAUCUAGCACAUCAAGACAGAGUACCCUCCGCAGCGUAUGGAACACCGCAAACCCAUUCACCACCAGUCCUACCGAGACUGUGUCUAUGUGGGGUAACAGCGGUCCACCGGCCGUAGGCGCAUCACGGAGUCGUUCGAUGCCAUCACCGCCAACAAUCGCCGGCCCAUUUGGAGUUCGGGCUCCCAUGAUGAUACCGAGACGGCCAGUAGGAUCGGGUAGCACACAAACAACAACAGCAUCGCCACCCAAUGCUAAUCGGCAGGCAACGUUAUCGACAUCACCUGCGAGCCCUCGGUCUUCAUCCCUGCUUCCGGGUUCAUGGCAGUCAAGGACACCAUCCGUAUCAACAGUCUACAGCCGACCUGACCGGACCUUCAGCGUUUCAAGCAACUACUCGGCGACGACAUCACCAUCGAACCAUAGUUCUAGCGGAAGCGACGCGCACACCGUGACUGUAACGAUAGGGGGGCACACGACUGGGACUGUCCACAGGCGCCCUCCCAAGCCAAUGCUGGUGCUGUUCACGCAGAAUAUGCAGACAGGAAAGCGAGCAUUGGUAACCAUUGACAUUGACGAAGACACCGAUGUCAACCCAGACCGGUGCAACUGCCGCCGGUCAGGAAGAGACGAAUCAUCAUGUCAGAUUGCUGCCAUUGAGCAGAACCGAGGCAACACCGAGCUAUCAGUGCGAAGAUACGAAAGCCGAGACGACGACAUGGACUGGAAUCUGGCCAAGUUGGCACUGGGGCGGCGAGGGGAGAAGGACUAUGCUGCUGCUGUCUGGAAGGACGUCCGACGCAUCAGCAUCAUGUUCCCGACUUCCCAAGAUAGGGCAAAGUUUGGAGGCACACCGAACAUAUGCCAGUGCAGCGCGAAAACAGAAGCCGAACUGAGCAAGUGUCUCAAGGAUAAACACAAGGGGCUGCUGGGGUUUGUCCGGGAAUCUGGCCGGCAGCAGUUGAACGAAUAUCAUCGGGUGCGAUUCGAAUCGCAGCAGGACGUGGUUCGUGGGAUGAGAGACGACUAUCGAUGA